GCAACCUUGGCCGUGUGCUAUCCGUCAGUGCUGGCAGCUGCCACACCUGUGCCGUGAAAACCAGCGGCGAGUUGGUGUGCUUUGGCCACGACUAUACUGGGCAGUGCCGGAUUCCGGCAAACUUGGGCCCAGUGCUGGCUGUAUCGGCCGGCCGAGAUCACACUUGCACCAUCCGUGCAGGCGGUGAGCUCAUCUGCUUCGGCGGCAACAGAUACGGCCAGUGCAACGUUCCACCAGACCUAGGGCCUGUGGUCGCAGUCGCAGCAGGGAUGCACCACACCUGUGCAAUCAAGGCCGACGGGCAGCUGGUUUGCUUCGGGGACAACGAGUAUGGGCAAUGCAUGGUCCCGAAAGACCUGAACACCGCGGUCGCCGUGGCGGCAGGGGCCUUCCAUACCUGCGUCAUCACCGAGGACGGUGUGUUGUCCUGCUUCGGCUUGCAUGACGACGGCCAGUGCGAGGUCCCCAAAGGCCUGGGACCCGUCAUGGCCGUGGCUGCCGGGGCCCUUCAUACUUGCGUGCUGCUGCAAAGCGGCAGUCUCACCUGUUUUGGUAGCAACCUCUACGGCCAAUGUUCGGUGCCCAGAAACCUGGGCCCUGUUGUAGCGGUGGCUGCCGGUGAAUCCGUGACCUGUGCCGUGACGGAGGACUGCCGGCUGGUGUGUUUUGGCCGCCACAAGCACGGCCAGUGCAACGUGCCCUCGGACCUUGGCUUAGUGCAAGUCCCGACUUAUGAGUAG